GAUUUUCUUUCCCAUGCUUCAAAUGAUGGCAUAGGAAAAGCUUCAGAUAUGAUAAAAAAUGUCCAAAUGGUUAAUUGUGUCCGUUUUUCGGCUCGAUGAACGAAUAAUAAUUGGGAGAUAGCCGAAUUAUAAUUUUCAUCAAGUUUUCCAUUCGUGUUCAAUAUAAGUGUCAUUACUCCACAGAUAAGUUGGUCUCUUGUGGCCACCCAGCACAUUUUUGUAUUUUUUCCAUUCUGAAAUUGUCUUGUUAUCUGAUCGAAAAUUCGUUAUCUUUGUAAAAGCAACUAAAUAUCAAUGUAUAAAAUCCUUAGAAUUCCUGAAAAUUUAUUCAGUUUUUGUUAAGCACAUCAACGGCGAAGUCCAAAACUUCUAUCUCAAUCAUUUUGACCGUAAAAAUGGUUCAAAUACUUCGAGUAAACAUUUUACUCUUGUAUAUCAUUUGGAUCUUCCUCGUACCAUCACAUGGACUCAAGAUCCAUCCUGCACAGGAAGGUGAAGGACGGAUCUUACGAGUGACCACCCGAUACUUUGAACCAUUCAUGUACCGCGAUCAAUUCUACAAAGGAAUCGAUUUCAAACUAAUCGAAACCAUUGCGGAGAAGGAAGAUAUGGAGUUGAAAGUGUAUUUCCAUGACAAUUUGAUUACUACUGGCUUCAAUCGACUGCUUGAGAACAAAUCUGACAUUUUAAUUGGUGGAAUAUUCCCCAAUUUGACCAAUCUGCAUCCAACGACAUCCAUAAUUUCUGUACCUUACUAUCGUGACGAACUAAUAUGGUGCACACAAAAAGCUAAAUAUUUUCCAUUGUUCAUAAGCGUAUCUCAGGCAAUAUCACCAGAAUGCUGGUUAAUAUUGAUAUUUGGCAUUGGCUAUGUAACAGGGUUAAUUUUAUACAUUUUCAUUCAAUUCGAUUUGAAAUAUGAAAAACGAAAUCAACUCGAUUGGCACUAUACAACUUGGCUCAUUGCCUUACCAGCUGUCAUUGGUGUUAAUCAAAGAUUUUAUCCAAAAUACCUCCCGUUACGGAUAUUUUAUGGAUUUAUAUUGAUCAUGAGCUUAUUUCACUGGAAUAUUGUCUUCCAUUAUGGCGUUCGAUUUAUAAGGGAGCCUAUUCAACGUCAUCAAAUUUCAACUGUAACCGAAAUCAUAGACGAGGAUUUUCGUUUGGCUGGUUCUGCCGAAGUUUCUAAUUUAAUUGCAUUCGAUGACCGGAGCAUUUGAAGCGUGAUGAUAAUUGGGAUUUGGCUAUCGGUGGCUCGCAUCAACAUAUUUUGAACAGUCGAUUAUUUUCGCCGUCGAAAAUCUUCUGUUUCGAUAGAGAAGAGAACAUUGCAACUUAUCAGCCGGUGUUAUUGAUGCGAGAAGACUUCAAAUUGAAGAAGAAAAUUGAAAAAAUCAUUCGAUAUACAUUUGAAGCGGGAUUGUUUGAGAAAUGGGAUCGUGACAGUCAGUGGAAAAGAGAACGCCUCGUUCCAUUUAAACUACAUCCACAAGUCAAACUAGAAGAGUAUUCUUUUAUGUUUUUCUUUUUUAUGGGCAUCGGCCUACUUAUAUGCGUUGUGACACUAUUCUGUGAGUUUAUCAUCAGUCGAAUGAUAAAACGAAAUCCACAGUCUCGCAUUUGGAGAUAUUUUGAACGCUUUUUUGAUGGAAACAGACAUUGCUUAAAAGAUUUACCAGAGAAGUUCUCAUUUAAUAGAAGAAAUUAAAGAGGUUUGUAUAAAAAGUGAGCCUUUUUUGUGUUUGCCUCUCUCACUCGCAUUGAAAACCACAUUUGAGUUAUAUAGACGUCUCACUCCGUGCACAAGGUUCUUUUCUGAAUGUGGCAUAAUCAUAGAGUGAAUGCACUGUGAACUCAUAGGAGAGGAUGGAUUAUAUUUUGUAGUACAUUAUUCAAGGAUAAAAUAUUCAGUCUAUUCGUUGAAGGGGUUCAGGGAUUUUAUAAUUCGUUAUCUAUGCUCUUCAUUUGGAUAACAAUUUUAAUCAACGGAUGGGGAGGAAUGUAUCUAAUUAUUUCAUAGCACUAGCAUUUACUGUACUGUACACAAAUGACA